AUGGACACAUCUGGUCACUUCCACGAUUCAGGGGUUGGAGACAUGGAUGAGGAGCCCAAGUGCCAGUGCCCCUUAUCUGGGGACUCUUCAAACCAGCUGCAGAGCCAGACCUUCCAGCACAGCCUGUUGCACUCCUCUCCCACAGCUUUCAGGGUACCUCCUUCCACCAACUCCACCGCUCUCCACCCUUCCUCCAGGCAGGGCAGCCAGCUCAAUCUGAGUGACCACUUGGUUGGACACUCUCCAACUUCAGCGUCUACAAGUGGGGCUGGCGGAGGAUGCAACAAGCACAGGCAAGCCAGUCCUCUCGUCCACAGGAGGGACAGCAACCCGUUCACCGAAAUAGCCAUGAGCUCUUGUAAAUACACAGGAGGGGUCAUGAAGCCCCUCAGCCGACUAAGUGCCUCCAGAAGGAACCUGAUAGAAUCGGAGCCCGAGAGCCAACCGCUUCAGGUCUUCAACUCCACCAACGCGCCCGAGAUAGUCAUCUCGUCCAAGGAUGAGCACCGCUCCAACCAGACGUUGCACCCCAAUGCCACCCACAACCACCAACACUCAGGCAAUAAUAGCACCAACAACUACCCGAAAGCGAACAAGAGGAAGCACCAGAACAUCGGGUACAAGCUGGGGCAUAGGAGGGCUCUUUUCGAGAAGCGGAAAAGGCUGAGUGACUACGCUCUGAUUUUCGGGAUGUUUGGAAUAGUUGUGAUGGUCAUUGAGACUGAACUGUCAUGGGGUUUGUACGAAAAGGACUCAAUGUUUUCUCUGGCCCUGAAAUGCCUUAUAAGCCUAUCAUCAAUCAUUCUGCUGGGACUGAUCAUCGCUUAUCAUGCGCGAGAGGUGCAGUUAUUUGUCAUUGACAACGGUGCAGACGACUGGAGGAUCGCCAUGACCUACGAGCGGAUAUUCUACAUCAGCCUGGAGCUGCUCAUCUGCGCCAUACACCCCAUCCCUGGCGAGUACAAGUUCUUCUGGAACGCCCGCCUGGCCUUCUCCUACACGCCCUCCCAGGCUGAGGCCGACGUGGACAUUAUACUCUCCAUCCCCAUGUUCCUACGCCUCUACUUGAUAGCUCGGGUCAUGCUGUUGCACAGUAAACUUUUCACGGACGCCUCGUCCCGCAGCAUCGGGGCGCUCAACAAGAUCAACUUCAACACCCGCUUCGUCAUGAAGACUCUGAUGACCAUCUGCCCCGGCACUGUGCUGCUGGUGUUCAGCAUCUCCUUGUGGAUUAUCGCAGCUUGGACUGUGCGUGUCUGCGAGAGGUAUCAUGACCAGCAGGAUGUUACCAGCAACUUCCUGGGUGCCAUGUGGUUGAUCUCCAUCACCUUCCUCUCCAUCGGUUACGGUGACAUGGUGCCAAACACCUACUGUGGGAAGGGCGUCUGCCUACUGACCGGCAUCAUGGGUGCUGGCUGUACUGCCUUAGUCGUGGCUGUGGUCGCACGAAAGCUGGAGCUCACCAAAGCAGAGAAGCACGUACAUAACUUCAUGAUGGACACGCAGCUAACGAAACGGAUAAAGAAUGCUGCGGCCAACGUCCUACGAGAAACAUGGCUAAUCUACAAGCACACCAAACUACUAAAGAAGAUUGACCAUGCCAAAGUCCGCAAACACCAGAGGAAGUUCCUGCAGGCCAUUCAUCAGUUGAGGAGUGUGAAGAUGGAGCAGAGAAAGCUCAGCGACCAAGCCAACACCUUAGUGGACCUCUCGAAAAUGCAGAGCGUCAUGUAUGAUCUGAUAACGGAGCUGAACGACCGCAGUGAGGACCUGGAGAAGCAGAUCGGCAGCCUCGAAACCAAGCUGGACCAGAUCUCUUCCACUUUUAACACCCUUCCUGCCCUGAUUGUGGACGCCCUACGACAGCAGCAGCAGCAUCUCCUUUCUGUGGUCUUAGAAUCCCGGGGGUUGAGCGUCGCUGUUGGAACCCCACAAACUCCUCUAUCUGACAGCCCUAUGGGGAUCAGCUCAGCAUCUUUUCCAACGCCGCACACCAGCUCAAGUAGCUGCUGAGUGGGCACAGGAUACAGGUGGGGCAGUAGCCCCUGGAGUUGCUUGAGCUCCGUGGGAAUAUUGAGGAGAAGGCGACACUGCUGGCUCUCUAAACACCAUGUAAUCUCAGCUAGGCCUGGGUAGCCCUUACUUUAGGAAAGCCAGCUAGCCCUCAACGUGGGCCGACAGACGAGGAGCAGAACUGCUAGAAGAAUAUGACGCAUCCAUUCAUCCACUGCCAAGUAACCUGCGAUGCUUAGCGGGAACAAAAAAAAGAAACGGGUUACAAACUGCUGUUCCUCCUGCCAACAAAUUCUCUGAUCUUCCUGAUGUUGCCCGUUUCACUCUAACACUGCCCUCCACCGCCCUGGGCACUUCCACGUUGGCCAACGUCAGUGCAAGCAAGCUCCACACCUCUGAAGUCUCGGCCUGAUUCUCUUCCUACAGAUUUCUAUAUAAUAAGUGCCUGCGCAUUAAAGGCCGCUACUGUCACAAACAAGUGCGCCCCCUAGUGGUAAGAUCUGUGCGGGUUCUGCUCUAGAUGGGGACAAGGUCUUUGAAAACAUGGUUUACGUCAGUGGGGCUCGCCGUUAGAAGGAUGGGGAGCCCUUGUGCUUUUACACACUGAAAUUCUGUGCUUGGCAUCGAAAAAAUGCUACACUUAUAUUCAAUAAACUGCUGUUAAAGUCAAUGGAGACGCAAAACGGGGUACCAAACUGUACCCUAUUAGCUUUGGGGUGGCGGCAAAUAAAUAGUUGCUCGCUGCGCAGCGUCUAUCUACCUGCGUUACAAGUGGGUGCACGCCACUUCUUUAUGUAUUUUUGCACCGUGACACAACCAAAAAAAAAAGUAAUACACUACUAGUGGCCCACACAAGUUCAGGCAAUGAGCUUUUGGCAAAUGAGGCGAUGUGGUAAAGGAAUCACUGUGUAUCUCUCUCUCUCUGUAGAAUAGGGACUGUAGUUCACUUCGAAGCCUCGGAGCUGCGAUUAUACUCCCCAUCACAUACAUACAAAAAGAUUUUUGCUAAAAACAAUCAAAACUCGAGCAUCCCCUCCUGAUUAUUAACACAUCCUGAGGAAAUAAUCCUGCUCAGAAACAAUGGAGUUUACCAUACUUUGUGCGCUCAUUUACCAUCACCGGCAGUAUUUAACCGGACAGGAACCUCGUCCUGAAGUUACCAUACCGCCUAAUACACAUUAACACUGGUAGCUGACGCUAUUCACUAAGGUGGGCGGCGGCCAUUUUGUUUUCCAGGCCAAAACAGUAUUCAUUCAGUCUAUCGAUUCAGCAGCACCUGGAGGCAUCACAAAGUGCCUCAUGCCUUAGUGAUGUCAGUAGUUCCUAGUGAGAGAAUAGGUUGCAUUCUCACAAAUAAUAGUUCUGUUAGGAUAUAAUAGUGAAUUAGAAAGCUAUUGCUGAGGUAUAUACUUUCACAAUGCCACUGUUCUCUGGUUCAAAUACCUGUGUGCCAAAGCCAUUAUGUCCCCUUCACAGAGCCCUUAAUUCUUCCCCCAUAUAUAUAUAUAUAGUGGCAAAGGUCAUCUUUUCAUUUUACGGUAUGACCCCCUGUCUUAUUACUGAAUGUCAUGUGAUGAAAAGAUGGACGUUAAAGGGUUAAAAAGAAAAAAGCAGAUAAAAAUGUAAAAUACAUAUACAGGGAACAAGAAACACAAGUGCUUAAAUUACUAUAUAGUCAGAUGAUGUUCACUGACGGAAAAUGAGCCCUUGCACAAGGAGGCGGCUGCCAUUAGUGGACGGAGCCAAUGCUUUACUGAGAGUUAGUGACCCACAAAAUGUCUGCCUAUAUGGUCUAUAGCCAGUGGGUCCAAUUAACCCUAAAUAAGUAGUGGAGGUUAAAAUCGACAUCACGGCUGGCCUGGCUCAUACAUACACUGUGUAUCUGUGUAAAAUGGCGCGUUCAUUUUUUGGAAGUCUAGAAAGUUAAUUCUCAUCUACACAGGGCAGAGGUCACAAAAAUGGCAUUACGGUUUUGUAAUGCCUAUUUUGAAGAUUUAGUGUCAAUUACUGACCCACUGGGACAAAUGUAAUCGCCUGCAUGUUGCAGAAAGUGCGGAUAUAUCGGUAAUUUAGUCGUUCGUUUUAAAGCCGCACAUUUUUUAACCUGGUUGGUUUUGCCUUUAAAAAUAUUUGCUGCUUUAAAUUUUGUGGCUGAGUUGAUGAAAAUACAAAUGUAUCAUCCAUCACAGGCAGGGACAGGGUCUCUGAAAGGAGCGUGUCCCUGCGAAGUGCCGAGCGGGGUGUCCAAAACUCUGGUCAUGCGCGGUCAGCUUCACCGCCAUGCACAGGGGUCAUUUCCGGCGGAGGAAACCCUGACGGAACUACAUUCUGUGAUGUGUAGCCCAUAGGCUACAAUGGGCUGCCGCACUCUUCACAUUCCCAAUAUUGCUAAAUCUGGCAUCAUCGCAAUCCCCAUGUAGGACGCAGUUGUGGAUGGCAAUGGAGUGAUAUCUCUCAUACCUGCUGCCAUCCAUCCUUCAUACAUUGCAGGGAUACAUAGUAUUUGCUGCUAACCCACUGAAAACGGGUGUUUUCGGGGACACAACCACAAAUACUACUGUAUUUGAUAAAUGGGCCCCUUAGUCUGCAGAUUAUUACGUUACUGAUCUCUGGUGGUCUGCAGAACAUUACUCUUUCCAAUCUACACCCCCUAACAGAUACAUAGGACUCAAUUUCUGAGGUGGGAGUAAAGCAAAAAAAUAAAAAAAAAUAAGAUUUUACUUACCGAUAAAUCUAUUUCUCGGAGUCCGUAGUGGAUGCUGGGGUUCCUGAAAGGACCAUGGGGAAUAGCGGCUCCGCAGGAGACAGGGCACAAAAAGUAAAGCUUUUCCAGAUCAGGUGGUGUGCACUGGCUCCUCCCCCUAUGACCCUCCUCCAGACUCCAGUUAGG